AUGUAUUUAUCCCUACAUCGAUCUCUCUAUUUUUCUGUUUCUGCCAUUCUAUUGCCAUUUACAUGUUAUUUAAAUCACAGUUUUCCUAUAGGGUAAGAUGAUACUACUGCCGUAUGUUGCGCAGAAUGGCUCAGAUUCCAUGCAGUAUAUAAACCUGACUUUCGAUCGGCAGCUAUCACAGAGCACUCGCCCACGGCAAAGAGAGAACAACCUUGCAUACUGUAAUACUUCACGAUGGAGCUUUAACAGAUGAUAAAUUUUACGGAGAGUAAAAGUUGUGUUAGUACUGAAAUCAUGAAUGCGUCGAAUAUUACGGGAUCUGAGAAUUCGGAGACAAACUUCAUGUUCUCUGCAAUAUCUAUUCUAAUCGGAGUAUGUGGCUUACUUGGAAACAUUUUGGUCAUUUCCGUUAUUUUGAAGUCGUCUAAGAUGAAGACUGUAACAAAUAUGUAUAUUUUUACAUUAGCGCUGUCGGAUUUAAUAUUUAUAUUACAUAUUGCCAUGGUAGCAACUACUGACAUAAUAAAACACUGGAUUUUCGGAGAAGUGUUGUGUAAAAUUUUUUGGAUAACAUCUAGCCUCACAAUGUAUUCCAGCGUUUUGACGUUAAGUUGUUUAAGCUUUGACCGUUAUAUUGCAGUUUGUAAGCCUGUCAUAUCACAGAGACAUCGACAGCCAACGAAAGCAGGAUUUGUGAUAAUAUGUAUAUGGGGGCUAUCGUUAUUGCUUUCCUUGCCUAUGAUUCUGUAUUCAAAAAGAAUGCUAAAAAGAAAUCAAGAUACAUACGUGUGCACAAUAGACUGGCCAGAUUCACAUGACGUAUUAACUGUUCCGGCGUAUACUAUUUAUAAUUUUAUUAUCGGGUGUGCUAUUCCUUUGUGUUUCAUCUCAAUUUUCUAUACUUGUGUUAUAAUUCAUAUGAAAGGAGCAGGACCAGCCAAUCGCCAAAGGUCAAAAGAGCAGAGAAGAAACCACCGGAAGGUAACCUUACUUGUUCUGGCCAUUAUUUUGGUGUACGGAUUUUGCUGGCUACCAUACUGGAUCAUGAUGAUAGCCGUCACGCUACAAAGUAGCUAUGCCACUGUACCGAUGGUUGUGAUGCAUAUCAUUACAAUCUUAACCUAUAUCAACAGCAUGGUCAACCCCAUCCUUUAUGCUUUUCUUAGUGAAAACUUCCGCCAAAAGUUUAAGGAGGUGUUCCAGUUUAGUUGUAUCUGUAAAAAACGUGUUCGAUAUUUUUUACAACGGGGUAAUACUAAUGCGGUUGAACUGGAUAUCCGGAGACCCGUUAGUAAUCAAACGGAAGCCGAGACAAAUCAAGACUAUCAAGCAGACAGUCAACUGAACCAACAAAGAGACAACGGGGGCGUCUACACAGGGAUGUUAGAGUAGUAAUUUGCUCUUUGUAUUGAAUUGCAAAACCUAGUUUUGCUUUAUGUACUGAAUUGCAGACCGAAGUCAGUUAUUCUAGACUGCAGACCGAAGUCAGUUAUUCUGGACUUGUUGAGGAUAUGUUCUAUGGAAAUCUGAGACUCGACGCUAAUCAAGGACAAAGUCUACGGAUAUGUGACGUUUAAAAAAUAUUGAUAUGUUACCAGUUUUAUUCUGACGGGAAGCCAUUCAUAUUUUAAGAGCUGACAAUAAAGCCUAUGAUAAUAAAUUGAACUGAUUUGCUAUUAAUCAAAUACCAAUAUAUGCGUAUGAUUACUGCAUUUUCACUAAACAAAAGAUUCAGAAAAUAACCUUGGGUCUUUUAUUGGGUACGAAUCGCAAAUCGUUAAGGUAUUAACUUUCAAUAACCCAGCUAUUGAUAUUGAAUUAAAAAAAUAGAUAACUAUGAAUAAGUAUGUAAACAAACAAGUCUCUAAAUUAAAAGUGACUGAAAUUUUUUUAUUAAUAAAAAGGCAGCACAGUUUUCGGAUAUUAAUGAGAAGACCUAUUAUAAACAUCUUACUCUUUCUUUUUC